AUUUAAUUAGAGGAAGAAUCGUGGUUUGUCGCAGCUUGAUGACGAUGUAUUGAAUCUCUGUGACCGUGAGCUGUUUGACAUGUUAAACGGAAACAAGCGUGCUGACAAAAGCAAUGAUGAAUUUAGCCGCUUUAGUGAACAGCCUCAGAUGCUCUUUGCUGAACAUUGAGAGAAGACUUCUGCAGGCGGCCGGACUAGAGAGACAGCUUGCUCCAGCGCUAGCAGUGACUGGCCCAAGUUUCCUGCCUCAGGUCGACAGGGAGGAUGAGCUGGAGGAGCAGCAGAGCCCGGAGCAGCCUCCUGGGUUCACAGAUGACAUCCUGUGGAUGGCAGUACCCAAGAAGAGACGCACUAUAGAGAUCAACCGCACCAGGAGGAGAUCUGAAAUCAAUAUGUUACAAGUCAAGAACAACAUUGAGCCAUGUCCUGAGUGUGGCCACUUGAAGCAGAAACACAUCCUUUGCGGCUUCUGUUACGCCAAGGUGUGCAGGGAGACAUCUAAGAUUCGGCAGCAGAUGAAAGAGAUGGAAGGGGGGCCGCGGAGGGUGCCGGCAGUAGAGACCGUCAUCCUGUAUGAGGGAGAAACACCAAGUGAGCUGGACAAAGACAAAAGGAUUGUGGAGAGGCCCAGGAAGAGGCCUGCCUGGUUCAGCCUCUGAGAUAUGCUGUUUGUGAUUCAUACCUUGAGUUUGAACAAUGCUGAUUCUUGAUGUAGUUAACUCUGCUAAGAUACCGUACCAUAUCAUUUAUUUGUGGGUUUACGGCUCACACAGCUACACAUUUGGAGUUAUCGGUUUCAUUUAAUUUGUUAUUAUUUCAACUGUUUGUCAUAUUCUCAACUUGUAUGUGUGAAUGUUUGACAAUGCAUUCGUUAUUUGACAUAGGAACUGAUUUUGCCUUUUUUUAAAUGCAAUGUAAAGAGUUACCAUUGUAUAUUUCAAUCUUUCUUUUGGGUCAAGGUGUUGAACUUCUUCCACUUGAUGACACAGAAAAUACAAUUAGGUUUGAUAAUUGUACUCCAAAGUCCUUGGCAUAAUAAAGAGAGUUUCAGAGAAUAA